CAUUAUGAACUACCUCCUCCUCUAUCCGCGUCAAGGUUUUCAGGAAAAAUCAUUUGAAGGAUCAUUUGAAGGGACAAGCUAAGACUACUACAGGAGACGCCCACAGUAUGCGAUUGCACGAUUGCGCACAGUGGAUAGACUUUGACGUCCAAGGCCGCUCGAACGGAAGUUUCCUUGUGUAAAUGCACAAAUAACAGUUUCAUGGGAAGGACAAUACUUUUCUUUAUAUGGUGGUUACAACAUUAACAACAACAUUGGAAAAUGCUUCUACAAAGGAUAUUCCGGGCGGUUAUCAUGGGACCUCCGGGCUCGGGGAAAGGCACUGUGUCGGAACGCAUAGUAAAAAGUUUCGGAUUAAUGCACCUUUCAAGUGGGGACCUUUUGAGGGCCAACAUUAAAGCCAAAACAGAGCUGGGUCUUCUGAUGAAGUCAUGCAUUGACCAGGGUCAGCUGGUACCUGAUGACGUCAUCUCCCGUCUCAUCCUGACAGAGAUGAGGAACAUAGACCAGAGCAGCUGGCUGCUGGAUGGGUUCCCCCGUACCGUGUCUCAGGCAGAGUCUCUGGACAACGUGUGCAGUGUGGACACAGUCAUCAACCUGGACGUGCCUUACCAGACCAUCAAACAGAGACUGACUUCUCGCUGGCUCCAUCUGCCCAGCGGACGUGUCUACAACAUAGACUUCAACCCACCCAAGAUCGCUGGCCUUGAUGAUGUCACCGGAGAGCCUCUGAUUCAGAGAGAUGAUGACACACCAGAGACCGUCACCAGGAGGCUAAAGGCAUACGAGAACCAGACACAACCUGUGCUGGAGUACUACAGGAGUAAAGGGGUGUUGGAGACAUUCUCAGGAACGGAAACCAACAAGACCUGGCCUCACAUUCAGGCCUUCCUGUCCAAAAAACUCUCCCCACAAUAUUAAAAGGUUGUUGGGAAAGCAUAGAAUACACUCCCGGGAAAAGAAUGGAUCAGUUUAUCACAACUUUAAAUGGGACUCAACUCUUCGGUCCAAAAUGUAACAGUAUCUCAGUGCCUAUAUAAGACCAUAUCAUUUACUACUACAACAUAUGUGGAUGAGGACCACUCAUUCAACUAAAUGUCACAUUCCAUCUCUGUUCAUUCCAUAUGUCGCCUGACCAAGGAAUGGUAUGAAUUGGAUACAAAACCACCUGGCAACAAGCUACAAUACAGAUCUGUUUGUGCUCUGGCCAACUUCUAUAGUCAUGCCAAACAAUGACGAUAGAAGUUGGCAGAACAGCACAAACAGAUAUGUCUGUGUACAGGACAACUAUAAUGGGGUAAAGAGAAAAGUGCCAUUAUAUUAGGUGAAGUUGUCUUGAAUUCAUCUUUAGGGCCAAGUAACUAUUGUUGACAUGACAAUAUAUCGUGUCGCUUUUAAAUGAUAAAAAAAUGUGGAUCACCAUGCAAUUAAUUAAUGAUAAAAAAAAUACUUAAUGCCAAUGACACAUUUGUCACCAGAAAUGCAGUAGUUUAGAGUAGCUGUCAUUUGAAGUUGUUAGCCUGGUUAAACCAGAGUGAACGUUGCACUCCCGCGAAGUGAAACGUCACAAAAUCUAUUUGGAUGCCAGGCUCAUAAGUUAUAACGGAGACGUAUAUUCUCAAAAAAAGCUGUAAUUAGCCGAUGCCUAGUUUUAAUUACGAUAUUUGUAUAUUUUCUCUGACUGUGGCCAUGCCUUGGGAGUUUAGAUUUGUAAUCCGAUUCAUCUAUACUGAAAAUGUAUGCCGAAUGUCUGACCAGCAUAUUAUAUGCAUUAUUUUUGUAGCACAUUAUCUGUACUUUGAUCAGUCAAAGGAAUAACUACUUUAUUAAAUGUGUAUACAUGUAUCAAUAUACUUUAAUGAACCUUAAACUUUAUUUCAUAACAAGUGUAUUAUUUAUUAUCAAGUCUCACUUGCUGGAAGAGACUGUAUUCAG